AUGGCCUCGCAAGGCUGUGGCCCAGGGGCUCCUGGUAUAGACAAUCACAAAUACCACGCUCCGGAGUCCAUUCGGUCUCAACCUGGCCACGGCCUUGGGCCGGACCAAGGCAAGACCAACGAUGCCGACAUCCCAGGAUCAGCAACAACAGACAGUCACGCCGGAACGGACUAUACAGACCAGAAAAUUGCGCACAAAGAAGCCAGUGUUCCUGCCGUCGCUUCUUCUGACCACAGUGAUGAUGAGAAGCUCGUCGACCCGAACGAACAACGUGGUGUGCAACUGGCCGAGGCCAUGACCACGGUGUGGACCACGCGAGAUCUAAUCAUGGCUUAUGUCUUCAUCUGGAUCAUUGAAUUCAUCCUCGGCUUUUCAUCCGGCAUCAAGUUCGUUCCAGAUGCACUCCUUAACCGCAACAGCAAGCAUCAUCUCCAGUCUGAUCGGUGGAAUUUUCAAACUGCCCUUUGCCAAAAUUAUGGAUAUCUGGGGCCGCCCAUAAGCUUUCAUAUUGAUGGUGAUAUCCAUCACUUCUUCUACAACGUGGGCUACAACGGGAUCGAUUUCGCCAUGACGAUUUUCAUCGCCGACACAUCGAAACUGCGCAACUGGGCAUUUAUGAUCGCAUUCGCUUCAUCACCCUGGCUCGCCGUGACAUGGUGUUACGGUCCCGCCGCCGAUAGCAUUUUGAAAACCAUCGGGUUCCGCUGGGAAUUUGGGAUCUGGGCGAUUGUUUUGCCUAUCACCUGCGCACCACUAUACCUGCUGUUCGUGUAUAACCAGCGCAAAGCCAAGAAAAUGGGCUUGAUCCCCGACUAA